CUUCCACGUCCCAUCCGGCGCCUUGCCGAAGCUCUUCCAUGUAGUGUUCGCUUUAUGCGAAGCCCACCUCCCGAGACCUUCCUCAGGCAGCCGGCGCGCGAGGAACCCGUGGGCAGCGGCGGGCUUGGGUACGGGUGGAGGUGAGAUGAUUCUGAAGCUGUAGAAAGCGGGGACGGUCGGCAGCACCGUGCGGGCGAGCGGCACGGCGAUGAUCCUCAUCGACCCUGCGGCCUGAGGGAGCAGAGACAUAUUACAGUGUCUAUGUGGGAAUAGCAGAGAUCAGGUCGCCCGCUGAUGCAUUGAGGCUCCAAGAACGUUCAUCGCCGAAGGUACGCGUCUUACUACGCCGGGUAUUUGGUUGUUUGGUCCACCGUCGGUUUGAUGCCCCAUCACACUCGAGCUGUCCAGUGCCGCUACUGCCAUGUCGGAGUCAGAAUCCAGUGCUGUAGCUCUCGAGGAACCCGGGACGGACUCGCCGCGGGGGAGAGAGGAAUCGGACGCGGCCAGCGCACCCUCUGAGGAGACGGGCUCCGAACCGCAACUAGAAGCAUCCGCGGAUGCGAACGAUGCGCCUGAUCAUGAGCCACCCCCAUCAACCGAGGCUUUGCCAGUAGCUGCGCCAGAGUACCCAUGGCUGUACAUGAACUCGACCCUCGACGCGUGCUUCCAAGAUGCAGAGGCAGAUCUUACUGAACGAACGAAACAAGUGACACUGGAGGACGUUGAGCCGCAGGUUCCGCCCGAUGGAGAGCAACCUCACCCGCUUCAGUUCUACAACGAAAUGGAGACUGACAAGCUCGCACCUGCGCUAAUGCAGGCAUUCCUUGCUCAUGGCGAUGCCUGCACCUCCCUCGAAGCCGACGUCAUGCAGCUUGCCAUGUGCCCUCCGGAACAGGACCCCGACUUUCCGAUGCGGCAAUACGAUGAUAUGCUCGAGAAGCUGGAGAAUCUGCAGGACGAAUACGAUGAUCUACAAGCAUCGAUUACCAUGUUGAUUCAAGCACCGGAUCCCUCCUCCAAAGACGAGGAUGCCGAUGGCGUUGCUCGCUCUCAGCUUGUGCGAGUCUUUUCAGCCUGCCUUCCUGUUCUUCAAGCUCGGGCUGCCAACUUGGAGAUGGCCCAGCAACUUCUGGAGGGGACAAGAGAGAACAUGAUCAUGAGUUUACAUAUGGAAAGCAUGGAGUUUACUGAUGAAGAGGACGAGGAGAGAUUCAUAGCCAGUAUCUGAUAUAACUAAGACCGAGCACGAGGAUCACAAAGAUGCCGCCGAUGACACUCGCCAGGACUAGCUGCUUCCAUGGAGUGGUAAUAGCGACGCGUUCUUUCUUCCGUCCCGGUGAGAGAGCGUGAUACAGUUCCGCCAUCUGGUGAACGACCGAGGGAUCCUUGCCCACGACGACCCACAGCUCGCGUUGGGACUCGGACUUGAUCCGCCAGUGCGCCCACGGAGUCUUGACAACGGCGGUGCACAGUCCAGACUGGCCGGCUGUCGCCUGCAUGCGGGCCAGGUCUCCCCAUGCGACGCUGACGAUGCUGAUGACGGGAUCCCCGCAGAGCCGCAGCGCGUUGGCCUGGUCCAUGACCUGGACCAUCGGCGUGCGCGCCCGCAGACCGCGCAAGCCACCCGAGUCCGACGACGCCUCAUCCCCCUCGUCGUCGUCGUCGUCGUCGUCGUCCCCACCGUUCCUAAUCGUGUUCCCGUCCUCGUCGACGCGCUCGGUGGGCACGUAGGAUGCCGGCUGGCUGAGCAGCGGCUCGAACGACGCGCGCUCCCGCGCCGCGGCGUCUGCGGCGUCCAUCUUCCGGCCCCAGGACGGAGACCGCCAGUGGUUCGGCCCCAGGUAGCCGUUGUCGUUGUUGUGGCGAGGAGAGAUCGUGGGAGACCGGGCGGGGCUGGCGCGACAUAAUUCUGCGCGGUGGCCUUUCAUGGGUUGCAGGCAUUUGCGGCAGCGGGGGGCACGCUUCCUGGGAUCCUCGGGAGAGUUGAAACCGGACAUUGAUGACGCGAAGUUGACUCUGACAAGACUACUGCAGCAGCCUAACUCAGAAAGCCAAAACGGUAUAGGGUGACAGUCUCGCGCACCUAUCAACUUCGUACGAAUAUUGAUGCUUGAGCGUACGUUGCUAUGCUCUUAUGAGUGCCUUUAAAUUGUUCUGGCAGUAGAGAAGCGCUUUGUUGUUGAACGGUGGCAUAGCCUGCGAGAAUACAAAGCCAUUUUCAAGUGCUAAGCAGAGUGCC